AUGCCUGCAGCAGGGUUUGCGGUGGCUCCGGCCGCCGUGGAAUUCGAGGCCAAGAUAACUCCGGUGGUUAUCAUUUCUUGUAUGAUGGCCGCUACUGGAGGCCUCAUGUUCGGUUACGAUAUUGGCGUUUCCGGGGGAGUGACGUCGAUGCCUUCCUUCCUUAAGGAGUUUUUUCCGGUAGUGUACGAGAGGAUCCAAAAACACCAAGGAGAUGAAAGCAAUUACUGUAAAUACGACGACGAAAGCUUACAGUUGUUCACAUCUUCUCUUUAUCUUGCGGCGUUAACGGCCACAUUCUUUGCUUCUUACACCACCAGAGUCCUCGGCCGGAAACAGACCAUGCUCAUUGCUGGAAUUUUCUUCAUUGUCGGAACCAUUUUAAAUGCCACCGCCGUUAGCCUCCUCAUGCUCAUUCUUGGAAGAAUCUCUUUGGGUUGUGGGGUUGGAUUCGCCAACCAGGCGGUGCCAUUGUUUCUAUCGGAGAUAGCUCCGACGAGAAUCCGUGGAGCUUUGAAUAUAAUGUUCCAAUUUGAUGUUACCGUUGGGAUUUUGUUCGCGAAUCUUAUCAAUUACAGCACAUCCAAAAUUGAAGGAGGAUGGGGAUGGAGAGUAUCACUAGCAUUGGCUGGCAUUCCAGCAUUGCUAUUGACUCUUGGAGCAAUGUUGGUAGAUGAUACUCCAAAUAGUUUGAUUGAACGCGGUCAUUUAGAGAAAGGAAAAGCAGUGUUGAGAAAAAUUAGAGGAACAGAAAAUGUUGAGCCAGAGUAUUUGGAGAUCUUGGAAGCAAGCCGCAUUGCUCAAGAAGUAAAACAUCCUUUCAGAAACCUCCUCAUGCGCCAAAACCGCCCACCCUUAGUCAUUGCCAUAAUGUUGCAGGUCUUCCAACAAUUCACCGGCAUCAACGCAAUUAUGUUCUACGCUCCAGUUUUGUUUAACACGGUAGGCUUCGGCAACGAUGCGUCUCUGUAUUCCUCUGUGAUAACAGGCGCCGUUAAUGUCAUUUCUACAUUGGUAUCGAUUUACUCAGUCGACAAAAUCGGGCGACGAAUAUUGUUAUUAGAAGCUGGAGUUCAAAUGUUUAUUUCUCAAACGAUAAUCGGAGUUGUCCUAGGCUUAAAACUCCAAGACAACUCUAGUGAUCUGUCGCGUGGGAUGGCGAUUGCGGUGGUGUUGAUGGUGUGCAGUUUUGUUUCUUCUUUUGCAUGGUCUUGGGGUCCGCUCGGAUGGUUGAUUCCUAGUGAAACUUUUCCAUUAGAGACGCGAUCGGCUGGACAGAGUGUGACGGUUUGUGUGAAUAUGAUCUUCACUUUCGUGAUAGCACAAUCUUUCCUGUCGAUGUUGUGCCAUAUGAAGUUUGGGAUCUUCUUGUUCUUCUCUGGUUGGGUGUUGGUAAUGUCACUGUUUGUCGUGUUUUUAUUACCGGAGACAAAGGGCGUUCCCAUUGAGGAGAUGACCGAGAAAGUGUGGAAGCAACAUUGGUUCUGGAAGAGAUUUAUGGAUGAUGUAGCUGGGGAGACAAAGGAUUCUGUUUAA